AUGUUUACGAGAUUCUCUUUCUUUCUGUAUGCAAUUCUGCAUUUUCCGACGACUUGUUCGAUGCGCCUUCCGGAGACUGUACGAUGCAUCUUCCAGUCACUGUUCGAUGCGCCUUCCGAUGACUGUUCGAUGCAUCUUCCAGUCACUGUUCGAUGCGCCUUCCGUUUCCAGAUGAGAUUUUAUACGUCUUCCCACAUAUAUACUCUGUGUCACUAUACCCUCGAGUUUGACCGUGCAUCCAGUGGAAAUCCUGGAAAAUCUGGUGAAACUGGGAAUGAGUUCAAUAACCUGAAUUUAAGGGACUUGCGUAAUGAGGCUUUGGACUUGAAGGAUAACUUCAAGUCAGGCAGUGUUCAACAUGUUCCUAAGGGUUCUAACAGAGAAGUUGAUGCUCAAGCAAGUUGGGGCAAAAAUCUUGAAGUUGGCCAAGUUCAAGAAGACUAUUAUUACUAUUGA